AUGUCGUCUGCUCCGAACGAUACUCCAACCCCAACACGAUCGGCACCCGCUGUGACUUCCGAACCGCCGACUACGACUCGGGAUAACGAAACGACCGCCGCCCCCGAAACUACGCGUGCGCCUACGACCACUGCUGCUCCCGAACCGACAACUACGCGGGAACCUACGACUACACCUGACGAAACUACGCCGGCGCCUACGACCACCCAACCGGAAACGACCACUCAACCUCCCGAAACAACCUCUCGACCGCCUGAAACGACGUCCCAACGCCCCGAAACAACCUCGGCGCCCCCUCAAACCACAUCUGAACGUCCCGAAACUACUGCACCUCCAACUACGUCCGUUCCGCCUGAAACUACGUCCGUUCCUCCCGAAACUACAUCGGCCGUCCCCGAACCAACGACAUCUGCACCUCCGGAAACUACGUCUGCGCCGCCUGAAACUACUUCGGCUCCGGGAUCGCCUACUACUGAACCAACUACAUCUAAUGAACCGACAUCAAUACCUGAAUCUACGCCGCCCCCUACCACUCAAAACACCGCCACGCCCACAUUGGCUACUCCUACGUCCACUGAAACAAACCCGCCCAUUACCACGUCUGCAGGCACUAGCGUCGCUGAGCCUUCGCCAACUUUCAGCUCUAACCCACCUGCAUCAUCUGUUGUUUCUAUAUCUGUAUCUGUCGGCCCUACUGUGACACCAACUUUGGAUGCACAACCUACAACUACUGAAAAUCCAACUACGUCCGAACCGCCCGAAACCACGUCCAAUCCGCCUGUCACUACCUCCGAACCACCUGUAACUUCAUCUAAUCCUCCGGUUACUUCGCAAAGUGAGACAUCGAAUGAGCCCACUCCUACACCCACACCCACCCCCACUCCUACGCCCACUCCUACGCCCACUCCUACACCCACUCCUACACCCACUCCUACGCCCACACCAUCGCAAUCUCAGCCAUCUGUGACGCGUAUCAACCCCCAGCGAGACGCCAACACCAACGCCUACGCCUACUCCAACACCUACUCCCACACCUACUCCACACCAACGCCGACGCCGACGCCGACGCCUACGCCUACUCCUACUCCCACACCUACGCCAACACCUACACCUACACCGACGCCGACGCCAACUCCCACACCCACACCGACGCCGACUCCGACGCCAACACCGACACCAACGCCGACUCCCACACCGACACCGACACCAACCCCGAGUCAGACGCCCUCACAAAGUGAAAGUGAAACUCUCUCUCAGUCGCAAACGCCUACACCGACGCAGAGCCAAACGCCGACACCUUCUGAGACUCCAUCGGUUUCUGGAUCACAGACACCACCAAUUACCCCGUCUCAGACUCCAUCGGCCACGGCCACGCCUUCUCAAAUCAUUCAGAGUCCAAGUCAAUCAGUCUCAGAAGGUCCCACUGUGACUACUGUCCCGCCACAGACCAGUCCGUCGAGUGUCGCUCAACCUUCUCAGUCCGUUACCUCGCAGGUUGAACCUACGUCAACACGGGUCGUUACCAUUACAUCUGACCGACCCCAGACCCCAACUCAAUUGCCUGCUUCGACACGACGACCAGACACCACCGCAGAGUCAUCGUUCUUCGUUACGACUACUGAAUCGAAUGGUCAGGUUUCUACGUUUGCCCCAUCAGAGAUCACUUCUGUGAUGCUCUCAACUCGGUCGGAUGGGGCUAUGACAACGAUUACACAAAUUGUUGCACAACCCACGGGAGCACUAAACCCUGAUACUGGGGGUCAAAGAAGCACGGCAUUUUUCCAAAACAAAGGGGCCGUGGCUGGUGUAUUUUUAAUUGUAGGUAUUGCAGGUGCUGCGAUUCUUGCCUUCUUGCUUCUUGCGUACCAUCGGCGGCGGCGACACAAGCAAAAUGAACGCGACGCAGUUAUGGCUGCAUCACUUGGCCCUCAGAAUCGUGUACCAUUUGAGGAUGAUGACGACGACGAGCCAACGAGUAAUAGCCACAGCAUGUCUCAGCGAAAUCCAUUCGGGUAUGCCGCGGGUACUCCGCAUGCGAUUGGGCAGCACGGGGAAUACCUUGGCGCGGGCAAGGCAUCUUACGAGCCGUAUGAUCCCUACGCCGCGUACAAUGUUCCAACGGCUUCCUCGUCCGGUCACCCUCAAUCAACGAUGCACACUCGAAUUGGAAGCGGAGGACUCGAUGGGUAUGAGUAUGACUAUAGGCAUUACCAGGUUCCGUCUGCCACGGGAGGUAUGCCCGAUCCCCGGACAUCGCCAACUUCUCCUCGACGUGCCAUGUCACCCACAUCCGGUUCUUCGCAAGCGCCUACGUAUGCACCUGGACUCGGUCAUGGUGCGGCUGCCAUCGCCGGUGGACCCAGUGGUCAAAACAAACGGGAGUCUGGUGAUUCGGUUUCGAUGUACUCUGUCCCAGAAGGCUCGUUGGUCGGCAGUGAUGACGGCCGAGGAUUCAAUGGCGAUACAUUAGGAAUGCGUUUACGUGGAGGCGUAGGAAGUGAAGGGAGCUUGCGAGACGAUGAGGACUAUACUCGCAAGGUAUUGACUGUCACUAAUGCCACAUAA